ACAUGCGACCACAGGUGAACAAGUACGUUAUUUCUGUCAGAGACAGGGAAAACUAUUAAAAUCAAUACGAAGAACUAACCAGUUUACUUCAGUGCCUGAACCUCAAAGAUAGUCAUCACAGAGUUUAGAAUUAUAUUUUAAACUGAUUAAAUAGAGAAGCUGAAAGUUGUCCCCGGUGAAACUGAAUAGUGUAUAAUCAAUAAAAUAAGUUCAGCUUUGGUCCAAUUUUGGACUGCUUAUUCAAAAUAAAGUUACAUAUAGUCAUGAUUGAUGUUAAAUCAAAGUAUAAACACACCGAUAUGCCCCUGAAAAAAAGAUAUCGUCCUUCAAAUAUUAUUUUAAUUUGAUCCAGUAAUUUGCCGUGUUCAUAUUUUUUAUGAACAUGUGUAAUUUGAUUAUUUUAAAUAGGUAGUCAAAAAUCGAACUGAACCUUCUUUAUUAUUUUUUCUUAUUCAUUUCUCUCAGCUGUUAUGGUACCGGACAGACACCCUGCGCAUGUAUCAAAUAAAGCUGUUCUGCUUAAAGCUCAGGCGCCUCUAAACCGGUGACGUCAGGGGCAGAGAUGUCAUGGCGUCGACGGAGCUGAGGCUGGGGCUGCAGUCUAGUUAAAGGCUGUCGUCGAGCUGCCAUCGAAAAUGGAGGAAAACGCCAACCUUCGUCGAGACACUGGCGGAAGCUCCCUGUGCACGGUUGUUUCUGGAGAAACGGGGGAUAUCAGGGCAGUUGGCGGAGUCAGAGUAGCGGCCGAGAUGUGCAGUAAGAGAGAGCCUUCGGUCAGUACUUUGGGUAGUUGUACAACAAGCAGGACUCAAAGUGCUAAUGCUAACGCGAUCUCCUGCGCAGGCAGGUCAGACGUUUCUGAAAUAAUCGACACUCGUUCGACCGAAAACAAGAUCAUGCACUCGGACAUUUCUUCUCAGGCGGUGCCGUCUGGUGUGGAUCAGCUGAGCAAUGGGAUGGGACACGGCGCGUCGAUUGCUGCUACCGGGAAUGACGGAGACGCCACCUCAAAGUUAGUAAACAUCCAAGCGAAGGGGGACCCCUCCGGCCUGAUCCAGGCACCCGCUGUGGGGAGUUCAAAUGUGCAUAAGGAUAUUGUGGAUUCUGUGGUUCAAGAGUCAGCGCAGCCGUCAAAGCCGACUCAUUUGUGCCCGGACAGUAAAACGGCGAGCGCAAAAUCGGGCACUUGUAAUGCUAACGAGAACACCAUUUCCGAGGGUCCCCCGAGUGGGAGUGAGCCGAGCAUCGCGGCCGAGUCGCGCAGCUCCGACUCUCUGGAGUCCUUCUCCAACCUGAACUCAUGCCCAAGUUCUGACCUCAACAGCGAAGGGUUGGAGGAUAAGGCUCUCACCUUGGCCCUCCACAGCGAGUAUGGCGCCGACGGAGCAAAGAUGCCGUGUGGUAAAGACCGAGGCGCUGGCCAGUCCAUAUACCACAUCAAGUGGAUAAAGUGGAAGGACGAGAACACGCCUAUCAUCACCCAGAACGAGAAUGGCCCGUGCCCUUUGUUGGCCAUCAUGAAUGUCCUCCUGUUGGCCUGGAAGGUCAAGCUUCCCCCAAUGAUGGAGAUCAUCACAGCAGAGCAGCUAAUGGAGUAUCUAGGAGACUACAUCCUCGACGCCAAGCCAAAAGAGAUAUCAGAGGCACAGCGGCUGAAUUAUGAGCAGAACAUGAGUGAUGCGAUGGCAGUCCUGCACAAGCUGCAGACUGGUUUGGACGUGAACGUGAAGUUUACGGGUGUACGGGUGUUCGAGUACACACCGGAGUGCAUCGUCUUUGACCUGCUCGACAUCCCGCUCUAUCACGGCUGGCUCGUCGAUCCCCAGAUGGGGGACAUGGUGAAGGCUGUGGGGAACUGCAGUUAUAACCAGCUGGUUGAGAAGAUCAUCAGUUAUAAGCAGUCAGCGAGCAGUGAGCUGGCUGGUGAAGGGUUUGUGGCAGAGCACUUUCUCAACAGCACAGCCACCCAGCUGACUUACCAUGGCCUGUGUGAGCUCACCUCCACCGUGCAGGAGGGAGAACUCUGUGUGUUCUUUAGAAACAACCACUUCAGCACCAUGACCAAGUUCAAGGGCCAGUUAUACCUACUUGUGACUGAUCAGGGCUUCUUGACAGAAGAGAAGGUGGUGUGGGAGAGCCUGCACAACGUGGACGGCGACGGCAACUUCUGUGACUCGGAAUUCCGACUGAGGCCGCCCUCCGACCCGGAGACCGUCUACCAUGGACAGCAGGAUCAGAUCGACCAGGACUACUUGAUGGCGCUGUCCCUGCAGCAGGAGCAGCAAAGUUCUGAGCUGGGCUGGGAGCAGCUACCUGAGGGCAUCAGUGAUCUGGAACUGGCCAAGAAGCUCCAGGAAGAGGAGGACCGCAGAGCCUCCCAGUUCUACCAGGAGCAGGAGGAGGAGCAGGCGCAGGCAGCUGCAGCAGCCGCACAGGCCCAGGGCCAACAGCAGGCAGCAGGGGGCGCUCAGGCCGACGGCGCAGUGGCAGGGGCAGCAUCGGGGACGGCCUCCCUGAGCCCAGGCAAGCAGGCCUCCGCUGGGGAGCGCAAAACCAAGAAAGAGGCCAAAGACAAAGACAAAUGUGUCCUCUUGUAACGGAAGCGGAUUUGUUGUUUGAGAGGCAUCAGAGGACAUCAUUUCACACUGACUCAGUCCUGUCCAGAAAGGCAAGAAGAGAUGGGGAGGAAGUGAUUUAGGAAAGAGCGAGGUGAGGUGAGGAG